AUACAUCUGCUAACUUCACGUGCUCUCCUUUCAUCUUUAUCUUUUUUGUUGCCCUCUUUCCUUGCAAAUUCCAUCCAAUCCACACCCUUUUCUUCAGUCUUUGGUCGUUAGGGAAUACUCAUCCAAAUAGUAGUUUUUUCGUUGAUGACAGAAAAUUCUCCAAAAGUCAAAGGUUGCAACAUAUACUAUACAAAUGGAUAACAACAACAAAAGGCAAGCUGGGGGCUCUUCCACAUCAAUCAUGAAUUUCGAUCAUCUUUUUGGUCCCAAGGACUCUUCUUCUACUCCAUCUUCCUCCACCGGUCUCUUUAGCUCCAUUUUUCCACCUCCAUCAUCGGUUGGAGGGAGAGAAUCAAGAAGGCAAGAUGUGGGAAGCAAAAAUUUUGGAGCACCAGGAACUCACAACAAUAAAGGUGAAAGCAGCAGUCGCAUCUGUAACAAGAAUGCUAGUACCAAUUAUCAAAAUGAGACAGUGGAGCCCAGCUACUAUAGCUCUUCUAUCUACUAUGGUGGUCAAGAAAAUUAUUCCCCGAGAAGCAGGACCACUGAACCCCACCAUGUUUUCAAGAAAGAUAAGGAUGAUGAUGAUCCCAACGGUAACGAUUCAAACAGCGCUGCAAGAGGGAACUGGUGGCAAGGUAGGAGGAGCAGGACAUUGUUGGUGACCAGUAGCUAGAGGAAUUAAAAUGUCAUCUUAGAAUAUAUUACAAGUGAAACACGUACAAAUACAAUUUACUCACUUUUAGUGCACCUCUAUUAUUUUUUUAUUUUUGCAGGUUCCCUUUAUUAUUAACAUCACACUAUGCCCUUGACACGGUAUAAAAAACUCAGCUUCCUGCACACCAGGUAUCUAUUCCUCUCUUCAUCUUAGGCUUUGCCUAGAUAAAUAUAUAGGAUUCAAUAUACUAACAUGAAUAAUUAAUUUUUGGCUCAUUCAUAAAAGAAAUUCAAAACUGAUAGAGAGCAGGAGUAAAAUUGGAAAUAUCAAAACAAUAUAUUGAAAGAAAAUUAAUAUAAAAAUGAAUAAAAUUUAUUUCUUAAUUAAAAACAAAUUAUACUCUUCAAGUUUUAAAAAUAUGGAAAGGGGAAUAUUUGUGCUAUAAGUUUUGGUAGACCUCUUUAUUUAAUAUGGUCACAAGUUUAACUGUAGUUUUUUGUUUUUUAUUUUUAUUUUAGAUAGUAUAUGUUCAAUCUAAUACGGGGAAGAGAAGAGUAAUGGAACUUAAACUUGAAGGACUCACUAUUUUAAAAUGUCUCAUUCAAUUUUAGACUGAAGUCCCCUUGCUUGUAUAACCUUUGAUUUGCUGGUAGUCCAUUGAUGUAUAACUUAAUAUAAGUCUCACAUUUAUUAGCUAACAUGUCAAAAGAUAUAUAUGCUAGAGGGUUUUAUUCUAAAUUUGUUUAAAGCAUUUCAGAUGAAGAUAUCUCUUAAACUUGUACUCCAAACACUCUCUCCUCACUCAUGCAUGGAUCAAGCUUGGGCUACCUGUAAAUCUCCAGUUUUGAAUUUAGAUCAUUUUCCGUUGUCAAAUAUACUCAGUCAUAAUUUCUGUUAAAAAUAAUUGUAAAAUAUUAUAAAUUUUAAUAACCAUUGCAUAUAAAAUUGACGGCUAUUGAUAUCUGCUGCAGAGGCAGCAAGCACGGCUACAAAGAAUCCGGAUCCGCCAGCGUUUGGGAGUCCAAGUUUCUUUAACAAGACCUUCUAAAGAAAAUAAAACAGUAUAAGUGAAUUUUAACUAAUAAAAAAAUUUGAUUCAUUUUCGUUCUUAUGUAUAAACAUUUGUUAAGAAAAUUAUCUAACCUGAACUUAUAUUUAUAUUAUCCUCAUGUCGCACUUACAGCUUAACUUUUUCUUAUUUUCUUAGCAUGCGAGGCAAAAUAUAGUAACUUAAUUAAACCUAAUACCAAUACAUUAUCCUAGAACAACAUAGUAAUAGCUUAUAAUCUGUGUUUCGAGUGAUUCAUGAGCAAUUAACGUAACUGAGUCCACUGUUGCAGGAUGAAGAUCGACCAUGGACGCUGUAGUGUACCCUAAUUAACUAUACGGAAAUAAGUGAUGGUAGAGUAUAUAUAUCGAACCAGUUCAGUAGUCUUUUGACAACUAUCGGGUCCUUUUUCAGUCCCGAAUAUAUGGUAUAAGCACUCCACGGCAGUAGCUUGGGGCCAAAACUACUACCUGCUUAUUCUGUAUUUUAUUUUAUAUUUUCAUAUGAAAUAAUAAAAGGAGUUUUGUUUUAUGAUAAUGUGUGAUCCUUUUCUCUGUUUUUUGGGUGUUCAUCCCUCUUGCUAUGGCUUACUGCUGUGUAUUACUGCUUUCUUUUAACUCUGCUGCGCACACAUUAUUACUAUCUCAUGUCGUUUAUCAGUAUAAUUAAAAUACUUUUUAUAAGGUUUGAAUUAUUAAAUCCAAUUCAUUUUUAACAUGGGAAUCAAAGCCUGUCAUUUCACCUCUGAAUCUAUUCAUCAUUCUCAAAUCAUAUAUAAUUUAUUAUUUUAUCAAAGUGAGCAUAUAUCCAUUAUUUUAUCCUAGGUUUGAAAUUUAAUUUCCCGGAUUUCAUCUAAUCUUGCUCAAUUAUAUAAUCCAAGUUAUUGACUGUAGAUUGACCAUGCAUACAAUGCGACACAAACUUUAUGAAAGUUAUAAUUCACAUUAUCCAUUAGUUCAAACCAUUUAUGUUGACUUGUCCGUAGUCACAUUACUCCCCAGUCCCAGUCUUCAUCUUUCAAGAGUAAUUAGGCCCCCACACAAUGGCGAAAUGGUUAAGAGUUUGAUUAAGAGUAUUUAAAACGUAUUAUCACAAACCUUCCACACUUGUAAAUUAUUCACAUCUCAGUUGACACAUUUUCAAAAACUGAAAAUUAAAAUGAAAAAAAGGUAAAAGCGCCGUUGCCGGGGAUCGAACCCGGGUCGUCCGCGUGACAGGCGGAAAUACUUACCACUAUACUACAACGACUGCUGUGAAAGGUUAAUAAAUUAUUAUCUAACUGAACAAUGUUAUGAUAAAUAAUAUUUUUUUAACAUUUGAAUUGAACUUAUUUUAAUUUAUUUUUAAAAUGUAUACUUUUGUGAAGAAUUAAUAUAUAUUUUAUUUUCAUUCACUUUAGCAUAAAUGA